AUGACCGAACACGCUUCCCCUACUGAGGACCAGGCCUUGCACCAGCCGUAUGGUCAAUUCAUUCUGUUUGGAGAUUCUCUGACAGAGAUGUCGUCUAGCCAGAACGACGGGUUUGGGUUUCAUGCAGCACUACAGCAUGAUUGGCUACAACACCUCACACGCCUGUAUAACGCCUUCAAAGGAGCAGAAGAAUUUAUCGUGCGUUCAGUCGUGCUACGCCAAUUCGACGCUGAUCUGCUGCAUGAUGUCUUAGCAACUCACGCAUCCAGCAAAAUCCAGGACUGGUCCAUCGACCAGGCCGAAAAGUUCUUGACGCCAUACUUUGCCCGCGACCAACACCACUUCGUCGACUCUAUGGAAUGGAAAGUCUCUCAGGCUCGCUCGAUAGGCCGAUUUGACGGGACCGUGCAGUACUUUGUCGACCAUAUAGUGACAAAAUUCUUGUCUACCUACACCUACUGGAAUGACCCCCAAGUUGUUCCGCCAACCAAAUUGGAGAGAAACCGGAUUAGUCGAAGUCUGUAUCGAUUUGAAACAUUUUGCAAUUUGUACCCGUUCUGGAAAUAUGCACUGAUAUAUGACACCGGCAAACUAUAUAUCGAUAACUUUGCACCAUGGGAGAACGAACAAUUAGUCUGCGUCUCCGAGUCCCUAUAUGAAAAAUUCAUCCUCCCAGAACUGACUCUGAGAAAACAAAUCCUAGUUCUUUUGGACCCCAAACUCAGAUCCAAUUGGCCAGAGCUUAUACCCCAAUUUACUUCGUGGAUCUUUCAAUCAUACGUAGAGUCUCACUUGUUUCGCGGCCUUACUCAUAUUCGACGAUUCGCGCUGGAGAAGGACACGGACUUACUGCGCAAGUCAUACGAAACGCCUAAUCUCGAUGAUUUUAAUCCCGAGGACGAAGAAAAGUACAUCCCUCGGCCAUGGUUCCGUGACCCAGACAGUGGGCCAGAAAAUAUAUGGCGAUGGGCCAAUCAACGGAACCAGCGGAAACACUUUUUUGCUGCUCGCAAUGCGCAAGAUUUGCGGUCGUGGCUAUAUGUGAUGUGGGAUCGAUGGCGCAUUGACGAGAUGCGUGUUUUGAAUAAAUCGCGGCCGUGGCCUUACGGUGAUCGGUAGAUUUCUAUUCAGCCAUGAGAAAGACGGCGGCUGAAGUGCCCAGCAUUGCUAUAUUCGUAAGGCAGACUAGCCCAAUACUACAUCCUCGUGGAAUCUGGCGGUAGGGGAUAUCCCUAUUAAAUGCCCUGUAAUAAUCGUGGUAGUAUUGUCUAGGUCCGGAGAGUGUGAUUUUCAGCAGCCCACUUCCUUCGGAUUAUUUUGCUCAUAUAGUAGGCAUAUUUCGAUAUAUCUCUCUAGCCCCUCAGUUUCUGUCAAUAUCAUAAGAUUGUCGCCCGAAAAAAAAGAUGCUUCACC